AUGGGGAACGCGGAACAGAAGGGGCAUGUGACAGUAACGGAAGAAGGGGAGCAUGUGAUUAUAACGGAGGCGGCAGAGCGCGACGGGAUCUGGGCCGUCGACGGCGAAGGAAGUGGGGUAGGGGACGUGGGUGUACAGGUGGAUGCUUACGUGGACGCUGACGUGGACGAGAAUGACGUGGACGCGUUCAGCGAGGACAUGCAUCUGCUGUGGGACAUUUUGGCGAUCGACGACGCAGCGCAAAGGGCGGCGCGAAUGGCGGAGCUAGGUUACGAGGUUUAUAUCGAGGAUGGACUAGAAGGUUACAGGAAGGCGGCAGUUGAAGAUCCGACAAACAGCGCGUUUCCCGCCCCUCCGCCGGGAAACGCGCUAGAAGGGCGGCUCGCGGAAGAAGCGGCGGAGAGACGACAGCUGGAACAGCGACUCGCGUCGGCUCAAAAAGCUGUCGGCGCGCUGCUGACGUGUCUGAAGCGUGUCCAGCACAUGCUCGAGGCGCCAAGGGAUGGGCGGACGAGAGCAGAGGGGGAGCGGGACGGGGAGGGGGAGGGAGGCGCGCAUGGGGGGAAGGGGGGCGGAGGGGAUAUUAAGUUGGAGUGGGCGAUGGUGGAGUGUGUGUCAACAAUGGCGGCUAUAGAGGCACGAGUCGCACAGCAGAGGCAGGCACUCCAAAGGCAUGCGCAGCAAGGGCAGGCGCAGCAAGGGCAGGCGCAGCAAGGGCAGGCGCAGCCCAGGCAGGCACAGGGAGAGGGGAGGGCGGAGGGAGAUGCGGAAGGCGACGGGGUCGGUGGGGUAGAGGAGGCGAGAGAGGUGGGUGGAUUGGGGGAACCAGGAGGGGCACGGAGAAUGGGAGGGGAGGGAGUGGAGGGAGGUGUGAUGAGCGAAAGUGAGCUGAUGAGAGAGGUGGGUGAGGUGAGGCGGGAGAACGAGGCACUGAAGCAGCUGCUGCUGCUUUCAUUUCAAGGGCAAGGGGCGGCUGAUCUGCCCCAGCUGCUACCACAGCUACUAGCCCAGUCCCACAUGCCCGUGAAUUCAACAGGAAAAGCAGCAGAAACAUCACUUGCAGCAACCAUGAGUGUAGAUACAACCACAGAUGCCAGCAGUGCAGCUAUGAGCAGCACAGGUGCCAGCACAGGCACUGAUAUCACUGCCACUCCCUCAUCUGAUCCCACUGUGACUCCCACACCCUCCUCCGAUUCCAUUCCCGUCCCCACCACCCGUGCUCCACCACACGCCCGCACCUCCUCCCGCCCGCACCCGCACUUCCCCUCGCUUAUCCCCCACCUGCAGCUGCGCUCCCUCUCCUUCUCCCGCCACACUACCAAGCACGACUCCAUCCACCAUGCCACCCGCCACGCCUCCCCCCACGCCUCUCACCAGCCGGCAAUGCACCGGUCGCUGUCCACCAGGCCCCUGGGGAAAUGGCUUCGAUGGGCCGAUGGCGAUGGGGGGAAACGGAUGGAUGACGGGGGGAAGCCGGCGGAUGACCGUGUGAAAUCGGCUGAUAGAGCUGUGAAUGCUGAUGCAGCUUCUGAGGCACCUCAGGUUCGGGCUGAUGGUGAUGGGGGAAAAGGGGCAGACGAGGGAUCGGGCGAGGGCGAUAGAGCUGGUAUAGCUGCUGCAGAGAGAAGGCUUGAUGCUGGGGAGAAGGUAUCGCUUCAGCAAACCCAGCAGGAAGGGUCACAGGCGUCACUCUCGGAGGCCCAGGUUAUCCAAAAAGCAGGCGGAAAGCAGGAGGAGAUUAUAGGGAUGCCUCAAGAGCCAUCGCUUUUACAUACCCAGCAGGAAGCGUCACAAGCGGCACUACCAGAGGCCCAGGUUAUCCAAGAGGCAGGCAGGAGACAGGAGGAGAUUUUUGAGACGUCUCAAGAGCCAUCGCUUCUACGAACCCAGCAGAAAGCAGCACUACCAGAGGCCAAGGUUAUCCAAGAGGCAGGCAGCAAGCAGGACGGGGAGGCGAGUCAUGCGGCAGGGCAGUCAGCCCUUGUUCCACCAGAAGGGGAGGGGGAGGGGGAAGGGGAGGGGGAAGGGGAGGGGCAAGGGGAGGGGGAGGGGCAAGGGGAGGGGCAAGGGGAGGGGGAGGGGGAAGGGGAGAGGACGCAGAUGGAGAAAACCAGGCAGAUGGAUGAUACAGAGCAGAGGGACGAAGCGGUGAAGAAGGAUGGAGAGGAGGUACAAAGGGAUGGAGAGAGUGGUGUGGGAGUGACGAUGGCGAAUGGGGAAGCAAGGGAGAGUGGGGGGGAACGCGAGCCUGCAGAGAUGAGUCACUCCAGCAGCCCAUCCCAGCAAGAUGACACUCAUUCCUCACAUGUUGGUGCUGACACCAAGACCAACCGCUCGUCCCAUCCCCAUUCCUCGCACCCACACUUGCCACGUCUGCCCAUCAGCUGCUUUUCUGGCGAGGGCGGUGCUGACUCAGCAGGCCGUCUCAGCUGCUUUGCUGGCGAGACCAGCGCUGACUCAGCAGGCGAAGGAGGGGGAGCAGGAGGUGGGGCAGCAGGAGGUGGGGCAGCAGGAGGUGGGGCAGCAGGAGCUCCAGCAGUAGCAGCAGGAGGAAGAGGCGGAACAGCAGUAGGAGCAACAGGAGGCUGGGGUGCUGCUUUCCUCGCCUCUGCAACUGUGUACUGCCCACUUGUGUACAUGUGCAAGUCGUGUGCUCCUUGCAUGUGCCUCAUACAUACACACCUUGUGCUUCUCUGUGCCCCUUUUGUCCCCGCCUCCCCCGUUGACCUGCCUCCAUAA